AUGCCGGGAUAUGAAAAAUUCAUGAAGGAGUUGGUUACUAGGAAUAGAAGCAUGUACUUCGCAACAAUUGAAGUUUCUCAUAAUUGUAGUGCCAUUAUGACUAGCGAUGUGAUUACAAAGAAGGAGGAUCCAGGGGCAUUCACUAUCCCAUGUACCAUUGGUAUGCUCCGAUUUUCCAAAGAUUUAUGUGAUUUGGGGGUGAGCAUAAGCUUGAAUCCCUAUGCAAUCUUCAAAAAUCUUGGGCUGGGUGAAUCGAAAUCCACAACAAUGCAGCUUUUGAUGGCGGACCAGUCGAUCAAACACCCUGUUGGGAUACUAUAUGACAUAUUGGUGAAGCUUGAUCGAUUUAUCUUUCCGGCUGAUUUUGUUAUUCUAGAUUGUGAAAUUGAUGCAGAAGUUCCAAUUAUUUUGAGCAGACCAUUAUUGGCAACCAAAAGAAAUCUAGUGGAUGUUGAAAGUGGUGAGUUAAAGUUCUGGGUAAAUGAAGAGGAGUUCACCUUAAAUGUGUGCAAAUCACUGAAUCCACCUUGUGACAUUCAUGUAGUUUCAAUGAUUGAUGAAACAGUAGCUAGUGUGACUGAAAUGAUGUGUAUGGGUGAACCUCUUGUGGCUGUUCUUUCGAAUUAUGAUGAGACCGAAGUUCAAGGGUAUGACCAACUGGUAGCUGCUCGAUCGGGACUAGCUGUGUACUCAAGAAACCCAUUGAAGCUAGAUAUUGAUAUAAAGAAGCGAGAGAGUCCUCCUGCUAAACCAUCCACAGAGGCCCCUGCAAAGCUUGAGUUGAAAGUGCUCCCUGCUAAUCUUCGGUAUGCAUUCUUAGGGACGAAUAAUACCUUGCCCAUUAUCAUUGUAGCGGAAUGGAUUGAGUGGCAAGUGAAAUUGCUUAUUGAAGUGUUAAAGCGUUACAUCAAGGCAAUAUGA